AUGUCCUUGAGCGGGGGUGACAACACGCAGCACUUUCACAAGUACCCCUAUCCGCACUACCACAUCUACUACAACCGACCGGCGGUGUCGGUCCUCGAUGAGCAGACGGCUUCGGCCAUCGGCGGCGGCUUUGGAAGUCGGGACCCGGUUGCCCCGUUGGCUCCUUUGGCGCCCUCCAUCCCCAAAACCUCAGACUCGAUAACGGACGGCGAUGACACCACCGAGGAUGAUGGUAUCUAUGAUUCGCCAAACGCUUACUUUGAGUUUACCAAUCCCAAUGGCGGUGGAGGUGAUGAUGGUGGUGGAUCAGAUGCAGAGGGACAAGACGACGAUGGAGAGGGUGGUGAUGAGGGAGGUGAUGGAGGUGGUGGAGGUGGAGGGGGUGACGGGGGUGACAACGCCGACGGCGAUGACGAUGAAGGCGAUGCUGAUGAUGAAAACGUCGGCUUGGCAGCCUCGCCGGCUGAAAGUGUCACCAGGCCGACGCAGACCACUCCCAGUGCUGCUGCGGCGGCCUCUUCAAACUCAGCCACCGUGUCGGGCAAGUUCGAAAACGGGGACGGAAAGAAGAAGCCGAAAAAGUACAGCUACAACUACUUCCAACGAGAGGAGCCCGAUCGAACGGAGGAACGCGAUGACAUUUACGAUGGGGGCGACGAUGGUGAUGGUGACGAGGACGGCGGCGAGGAUGGCUUCUCCAAGAGUCGACCGCAAGGACGCGCCAGCAGCCGCUCGAUGAAGUUCAACGUCGACCCGAUGCCUUCCAGGCGGUCAUCUUCAAAGUCCUCACUGAUGGCCGACCCGGGCGACUACCUGAUCAACUACGGGUCGGGCACCUUCAAGGAAUACGACCACGAGUACGACUCGGACAAGGACAAGCGGCUGAAGAAGAAGGACAAGGACAACUACGACCGGCGAGGCGGAACGGGCUACGGCCAUGGCGGCGGCAACCAUGACGACCACCAGGCGGAAAAUGACGAUGGCCAGGAUGACGAGGAUGACGGCAGCUACGAGGGUGAUAAUGGAGAUAAUCAUGGUGGAGGCGAUGGCCACUACCAGGAUGAUCAUGGCGGCCACGGAGGAGGAGAUGGCGGCGGUGACCAGGGCAGCUAUGGAGAUGAUUUCGAUUUCUAA